AUGCUCAACCCAACGUUCGACUCGGAACCAUGGCCGAUCGCAUCCAACAUCCAGCCUGUAUCGGGAUUUAAUGCCCCGCCUGGGUUCCAUCCUCUUCCUGUUGGAACUAUAUGGCAAGCGAUAGACUGCAUUGAGCGCAGAAAUGUGACCGAGUUGCGUAUGGUGCUGAAUCCCGAUGUUGCCAACGAAACGAUACCUUCAUUGACCGCCUACCCGGGGCUAGCACGGUUCCACAAGCUCUAUGGGAACCCAAUCCUUCACUGGGCUGUGGAGACCUCUUCUGUGGAAGUUGUCGAGGCUUUACUCGAUGCAGGCGCUGACAUCAACGGACGGGCCCAAACAUAUCCUCACCACACUCCUUUGAUGACGGCUGUCACUAGUAGCGCCAUCUCCAUGGUAGAGGUACUACUGGCGAGGGGAGCCUCAACUGAACCCAAGGACGCGAACGGACAUCAAGCGCUGUCCAUUGCCGUCCUCUGCACACAGAACCCUCAGAUUGUGGAAUUAGUCCUACUAGCUACCAUCCACCUCCCCUGGUGUGACAGGCUUCCAGCGUUGGAUAUUGCUCUAUCCAGACGAAAACGAGAGUAUGGGGGCCCUAAUCAUGCCCACUCGACCUGCAUGGCGCGGAUAUUGUUAACGGCGGAUCAAACUACGCCGGCACACUCCAAGACGUUCCUGGAACCGUGGACUGAACACCCGGAUUGGGUAUCACUCAUCAACGAAGACGAGAAGAAGUCCCUCGUGCAUUUGAUUCUCUGGGGACUGGACCUCAAUCAAUUGUGUGCGCCGCCCCAGGUACACUCGGGUGCUACUGUGGCUCAUACACUGUUAUUCCACUGUUGGAAGGUGGACAUGCCCCAUUUCCUGGCUCAAAACCUGGCCAGCAGUCGUGCUAUUGGCGGAGAACUCCUUCGAACGCUUGCUGCCGGACCCCAUUGGAAGUGUUUCCAGGGCGAGAGGAACGCCGAAGCCAUGUCCGCUUUCAUCGACCAUGGGGUUGAUCCAGAGAGUCAGCAUGAAGUCUUUGGCUAUACUCCGCUUCACCUUUGGAUAAGAUCGCUCGGAAAGUGUUCGACACGGGCAAAAAUCGAAAAUGCAUUGCCAAGUUUGGCUGUUCUUCUGGAAGCCGGUGCCAACCCCAACCGGAAGAUCGAAAGAUACCCCAUCGAAGAACUGAUGGCUCAGGAGUGGGUUCACAGGUUUCAGGGAGUUGCGAUCAAAGUCCUUGAGAUGCUUCUGUCUCACUUUCCCGACGAGAUGAACACGAAACGCCCUUGGCAACGCCCUCCCUACUUCCCGAUAACAAAGGACUUUGAAAAAUACGAGCUUGGUGGCCCAGAGAUGCUCAAGUUCAGGGAGCUCACAGCCGGUCGCAUGCCCCCCACUUCGAGCGACCUGCUUCUCAAGGUCGCAUACCUGAUUUCCAUGAAAAAAUUCCUCGCAUUUCAGUUUUCCGUGAGCAAAGACCGUAGGGAUUACGGCAAGAUCUCGUCGACCCUUGAACAGCUCGCCAAGUUCGGUGUACCUUUCGUUAAUUUUCCGACAGAUUUUGUUCUCGACAUAGUCCAUCUCCAUGCCCUUUCUUGCCGACAAGUGCCAGGACCCGGAGACCGGCUUGACGCUUCUGAAAGCAAUUCGUGCGUUUCAUUUACACGGGCAGACGCGUCGCCCUCGCCUUUAUUCCAGGCCAUGGACUGGCACCUUUAA